UUCCGCUCUGUUCUCCGUCCCGGUGGUGCCCCGUCCGCCUCCCAGAGCUUUGUCUGGAUGGGAAGAAAAAGGAUGGAGGAGCAGUGGUGGAAAGGGGAGCUGGCGGCAGACAUCCAUCAGACCCUGAGGACGAAGGAACGUAACCUGCCUCUGUACAAGGCCCAUUCACCACAGAUUGGGAUGCGCCGUUACUUCAUUGAUCUCUUGACCGUCCUCAGCAACCGUUGCAGUCUCUGCCCUACAGCUCGGCAUCUCGCUAUCUACUUACUGGACCUCUUCAUGGAUCGCUAUGAUAUCAGUGUCAAGCAACUGUAUGUCGCUUCAUUUGCCUGUCUUCUCCUAGCAAGUAAAUUUGAAGAAAAAGAAGAUAAAGUUCCAAAGUUGGAGCACUUAAAUAACCUGGCAUACAUGUGCAAUGUGAAUGUGGUACUGAGCAAGAAAGACUUGCUUCAAAUGGAAAUGCUGCUUCUGGAAAACUUCAACUGGAACCUGUGCAUACCAACAGCAGCGCACUACAUUGACUACUACCUCUAUGCAUCUCUUGGUGAGAAUGACCUUCACAACGGCUGGCCAAUCACUUCACGAACCAAAGUCAAAGCUUUUAUGGAAAAAUAUGCAUAUUAUUUCCUUGAUUUUUCAGUGCAAGAUCACAGUUUCCUUCAUUUUCGUCCAUCUCUGAUUGCUGCGGCUUCUGUGUGUGCCUCACGCAUCUGUAUGCAGAUUUCUCCUGCCUGGACAACACAGCUUGAAUUGCUCACAUGUUACUCCUGGGAGCACCUUGCCCAGUGCAUUGAAAUGAUGCUCAUAUAUUAUGAGAAUGACAUCAAAGAAGCCAGUAAUAUAAAAAAGGAAGUAACAAUCCAACAUCAGCAGCAGGAAGUAAUGGAAAACCUGAGACAUGAAGCCACUACUCAAGUUCUAUUUCAGCAAUCCGGUUAUCAUCCUUUAGCCCAGCAUUCAGCUAGUCUUUCCCACUUCCAGUCACCAGUACAGGAUUUGUGCUCUGCUUAUCGUGACUCCUUACAGCCACACAGACCCAGCACUCUGAUUGCUGGGAGUGCUGACAGCUCAAUGCAUCCCUAUGCUGCUCUUCAGACCAACCUGCAGCCAUCUGCCCAGACUCUGCAUGUCCAAAUGCCUAUUGCUGUGCAGGUGGCCUUAGGAACAGAGCCCAGUCACUGCAUUUCCAUGGCUUGUGGUAGUAGUUAUUUCAGCGGUUGCCAUUCGUAUCCAGCUGGGUGUUUUGAUGGAUAAAUAUCAGCACGAGAAUAAGGUGACAUGAGUGAAAACUAAAGAAAAGACCCUGUGAGUGAUACGGAAUGUGUAUCUGAAUGAGAACCGUGAAGGAACAGAAUCCGUACAUCUUACUCAUCCACAGGACGUGGAUCUGGAUCCAUUGAUCACUGGAAGCUGGGUGCCUUUGCCAAGGAUUGUACCUUUCUCUCUUAAUAAGAGAAACAGAAAUGCAGUAACAUACCUCAUGUGAAGUAACUUUGAAAGACGUGCAUAGCAACCCUGUGGAGAUUACUACUUUCUAGUUCUCAGUUAGUGACUCACUGAUCUGAGUUGGCUGAAAGCUUGUAUGGUAUUUCAGGCUAGAGUGUUCCUCGAAUUUUUGGUUUAGUAGCAAUGUUCUUAGAGGAUGUUAUUGAAAACAGAGUGCUCUCUCUCUCCCAGGGAUGUGUCUUUUGAACAGUGGUGGCUUAUACUACUGGAAGCUUCUACAAAAAGUGUCCUGAAAUGGUGUUCACUUAAAUGCGGGUGCUCUUUGUUUCUGCAGAAAUAGACACAUAGAACACUUCAAUUUUCUUUGACCUGGAGUGACAAUGCAGGAGUAAGACUUCAUAAUAAAAGGAACAAAGGCUGGAAGACUAUCAAAUAAUCUUUGACUUAAAAUUAUCUUGGAAACAAGAUGUGAUGCUACUGAACUGAACACAGAACACCACUCUGCCUUUGCUUAUUUGAAAAAAAAAAUAAGCAACAGAAACAUUAAAAAGCAUAAAUGAUCUUAGAACUUAAACAUGCUGCUGCUUUUUGAGACUGGAGAUUACAGUUAGUAAAACUGUUUACAAGCUUUAUCAGGGAUUUAAUGUUACUUGAAGAAAUUUUCUUUGACAAACUCUCAAAAACUUCAGUCCCUUCAGUUAUUUCGUAGUUUGGGCUCAAACGGUUUGUGGCAGUAGUUCAAUUUUAGGACAGAGGAACUGCUGGUAAUGUGGGCAGAGAUGGGGAACUGGUUAACUUUAUUGGGAAAUUGGUUUAGUUGCAGCACUAGGCAAUCCUGACUUAGUUUUCUUGAAUAUCACCUUGAUUCUAUUGGAAAAUAUAGCUGGUGAAUUGCAGAUCAUGUUACUUUAUAAUGAGAUGCACCUACUGCCGGAUACCCAAAUGUUCCCUUUUCGAUUGAGAUCAGAGAAGAUUGUAGAGGUUUUUGUUUGUUUAACUGCAAUGUAGAUAUUUACAAGAAAUAGACUUCUGAAAUGUGAAACUUCUAGUUUUGAUACACAACCACAAUUGUGUGUUUGUUUGAAGACAAUACUGUUGGACUGUCCUUUUUCCCUAAGGAUCUCAGGACUGCAGUACAGGUAAUGUGCAAUAUGCUUUUUCUGACUUGGGGCAGCUUUUCCAAGUCACGUGUCAAUGUUGUUUUAAAUUAUAUUUUCAGAGAAUUGUUUUUAAGGGCGUUUAAAGGUGGAGGGGGAAAAUUACCCUGCAUGCUGAUGUGUGCUUGUGUAACCAUCUUCUGAGAAUGCAAUGUUGGAUGUUAAGCUAAUGAUUUCCUGCAUUCAGCAGGCUAGGGGCAUUUUGUUGUUUUUUUUUUUCACUUAAAAAAGGCAAACUGUAAAUGAAGAGGCUGUACUCUUCAGAAAUUGAUCUAGAAAUGUAGAGAACUUAGUCUUUAAUCUUUAAUUCUGUUGGUUUUGUAUUUAUAUUAAACUUUAUUUUUAGAAGACUUUAGUGUAUUUUAUAAUUAGUCAUUCGUCAGAACUACUGAACAAAACAGUAGUGGCAGUAUGUUGGAUGGUUUUUCUUUGUUUUUAUCACCUUUCUGUUCAGGUCACACACACUGUUACACUUUGGGCUGCCAUUCUGCUUAAUGUGAAAAUACUUGCAACG